AUGUUCCAUUAUGCAUGUUGCUGGGCUCAAAAGACUCAAAGUUGCUGGGCUCAAAAGACUAAAGUUGCUGGGCUCAAAAGACUAAAGUUGCAGGGCUCAAGAAGCACAAGUGGAAAAAUGUUAAUUAAACAACGACCAUUAUGGGUCACUUUGCAACAAGUAAGGUACAAUUCGUCAAAGCAGCUUUCAUUGGUCAAGUUUAACAAUAAGGAAAUUUCCUUGCGCAUCAAUGGAAAACCACUUAUAUUCAAUAAUGUCUUUUUGCGCGAUUCGUGUACAUCACCAGAGUCUGUAGAUUCUGCCACGAGCCAAAAGUUAUUUACUACUGCAGAAUGUUCAAAAAAUCUCACUAUAGAAGGUGAACCAAUAGUUUCUUCUUUUGAAAAAGAACCAGCUUUACAAGUUCAAUGGAGCAAUAACAAUGGGAAAACAACAAUUAGGUCAACUUAUUCAUGGUCAUUUUUGAACAAAAAUGCCACUCAACAAGCUAGAAGAAGCGGUAAGUUCUUUGACAAAGACAGGAAACUUUGGGACAAAACCGAACUCACUAAUAACCUAUCCAAACUACACCACAAUUACAAGGAUUUAAUGAAUGAUGAAAGGACUUUUUUCAAUGUUUUGCACAAUUUGAACAGGUAUGGUCUUUGCUUUAUUGACGAUAUCCCAAGACCCGAAAUGACCGAGAUGAAUGAAGCAAAUGUAAGUGCAUGGCCAGUUAGCAAAAUCGCAAACAAAUUUGGAUACAUCAAAAAGACUUUUUAUGGUUCGCUUUUCAAUGUAAGAAACUUGAAAUCAGAGGCAAAAAAUAUUGCCUACACCAAUACUUUUUUACCACUCCAUAUGGACUUGCUUUAUUAUGAAUCACCACCUGGAUUGCAAAUGUUGCAUGCCAUAGACAAUUCAACUUUGGGUGGAGAAAAUUUGUUUUGCGAUUCCUUCUUGGCAGCUGAAUAUGUCAGAAAUAAAGACCCAAUUGCAUACAAGGCUUUAACGCAGAUUCCAAUUACUUAUCACUAUGAUAACAACAAUGAGUAUUAUUAUUAUAAAAGACCACUUAUUGUUGAAGACCCAGAAAUAGAUGGCUCUUGUUUUCCCAAGAUUCAUGCAAUUAAUUACUCACCACCGUUCCAAGGUCCAUUCGAAGUGGGUGUUACAAAAGAUGAGAAACUUUAUGAACUUUUCGACGACUUUGUUAGAGGUUUCCAACUAUUUGAAAACUUUAUUAAUGACCUGAAGAAUCACUACGAAGUUAAAUUGAAGGAAGGCUCUUGUGUCAUCUUUGAAAAUAGAAGAACUUUGCACUCAAGAAAUGGAUUUUCCGACUCAAAUGGUGGAGAUAGGUGGCUAAUGGGAACGUAUGUAGACGGUGACAGUUUUAGAUCAAAGUUGAGAGUAGCCUACCGGAGAUUUGCCUAA